AUGGGAAUCCUGGAGGGCGGCUGGGAGGAAGAGAGCCUGGAAAUCAUGAGUGCUCUGGCCACGUCUGGGCUUAACGCGUCCUGGGGGGCGCUAACCAAUGCCUCCGUGGGCCCGGGCCCCGUGCCGCGGUCGCUGGAUGCCUGGCUGGUCCCCCUGUUCUUCGCAGCGCUGAUGAUCGUGGGAUUGACAGGGAAUUCGUUGGUCAUUCUGGUCAUUUGUCGCCAGAAGCAGAUGCGCACGGUCACCAACUUUUAUAUCGCCAACCUGGCGGCCACAGACGUGAUGUUCCUUCUGUGUUGUGUGCCCUUUACGGCGCUGCUGUACUUGCUUCCUGCCUGGGUGCUGGGCGACUUCAUGUGCAAAUUCGUCAACUACAUCCAGCAGGUCUCCGUGCAGGCCACGUGUGCCACCUUGACCGCCAUGAGCGUGGACCGCUGGUACGUGACCGUGUUCCCUCUGCGCGCCCUGCACCGCCGCACACCCCGCCUGGCUCUCUCUGUCAGUCUCGGCAUCUGGGUGGGCUCGGCGGCCCUGUCUGCGCCGGUGCUCGCCCUGCACCGUCUGUCUUCCGGACCGCUCACCUACUGCAGCGAGGUCUUCCCCAGCCGCGCCCUGGAGCGCGCCUUUGCCGCCUACAACCUGCUGGCGCUCUACCUGCUGCCGCUGGCCGCCACCUGCGUCUGCUACGGCGCGAUGCUGCGCCACCUGGGCCGCGCCGCCGCGCGCCCCGCGCCUGGCGACAGCGCCCUGCAGGGGCAGCUGCUGGCCGAGCGUGCCGGCUUGGUGCGCGCCAAGGUCUCCCGGCUGGUGGCGGCGGUGGUGCUGCUCUUCGCCGCCUGCUGGGGCCCGAUCCAGCUGUUCCUGGUGAUGCAGGCGCUGGGCCCCGCGGGCGCCUGGCACCCGCGCAGCUACUCGGCUUAUGCCCUCAAGAUCUGGGCGCAUUGCAUGUCCUACAGCAACUCGGCGCUCAACCCGCUGCUCUACGCCUUCCUGGGUGCCAACUUCCGCCGGGCCCUGCGCCGCGUCUGCCCCUGCGCCCCGCGACGCCUUCGCGCCUCCGACCCCGCAGCCCCCCGCGCGGAGAUGCACCGUUUGGCCGUUGCUGGAGCCCGGGCACGGGGCACCGCGGGCUGUGUGUGCAGAGAAAGCCUGCAGACCCUCUCUGAGCCUGCUACCCCCCAGGGAAGGAAAAUUGAGACCCUGUAG